CGGGCGGGGUCACGUGGGUACCGUCACGUUCUUCCGUUCGGAGGCUGCGGCGGCUCGGGGGCUCGCGCUGGAGGUGAGGCAUUGAGGGCGCCGGUGCCCGCCCGGCCAUGCUGGUGAGCCGGAGGGUGAAGCGGCUCCUGCAGAGGGUGCCGGGGAAGCAGCGCUUCGGCGUCUACAGGUUCCUGCCCUUCUUCUUCCUCCUCGGGGGAGCCAUGGAGUGGUUCAUGAUUAACGUCCGCAUUGGCAAGGAGACCUUCUAUGAUGUUUACCGUAGGAAACGAUCUGAACGACAGUAUGAGGCAAGGAUGGAAAAAAAUGACUUUUAGCUGCACUGUUGCAAGGGGAAGGUCCAGAAAGCUUCAUUAGUACCAAAGACUCAUUACUGCCCUAAAUGUUCCCUGGGGAAGAUUUUGUCUCUGCAAGAGGAACUGUAAUCCACAGCUUUGUGUGACACACUCAGAUGGUUUUGGCAGGUUUCCUCUGUCCACUUUUCACAACUGUAUUUUGUUUAAAUACAAAAUACCAAAGUUCACUAUGUUUAGGCUUCUGCCAGUUAUUUAAUGUUUAAUAUUUUAAAUAAACUAAACUGAAUAAAGAAGA